GAUCCCGUGGUGCUUUGCCGCACCGCGUCCCUCUUCCGGUUGCAGCUUCGCGCUUCCGUCGCGAGCAGCUGGGGCGCAGAGGAGGUCGCUGCGGUCGCGACGGGCAGCUGCACCAGAAUGUUGGCUACCAGGGCACUUAGCUUAAUUGGCAAGCGAGCUAUUUCCACCUCGGUGUGUGUGCGAGCACAUGGGAGUGUCGUGAAGAGUGAGGACUAUGCUCUCCCCACCUAUGUCGAUCGGAGAGACUAUCCCUUGCCUGAUGUAGCCCAUGUCAAGCAGCUGUCUGCCAGCCAGAAGGCCCUAAAGGAGAAGGAGAAGGCCUCCUGGAGCAGCCUGACCAGGGAGGAGAAAGUAGAGUUAUAUCGCAUUCAGUUCAACGAGAGCUUCGCUGAGAUGAACCAGGGUACCAAUGAGUGGAAGACGGUGGUGGGUGUGGCCAUGUUCUUCAUCGGCUUCACUGCCCUCAUUCUGAUCUGGGAGAAGCGCUAUGUGUAUGGCCCCAUCCCGCACACCUUUGAUGAAGACUGGGUGGCCAAGCAGACCAAGAGGAUGCUGGACAUGAAGGUUAACCCUAUCCAGGGCUUCUCGGCCAAGUGGGACUAUGACAAGAAUGAGUGGAAGAAGUGAGAGCCCGCUGCUCAAGCAUCUAUUACUUCCUGCAACUCAUACUUACUGGAACCCGUAUGUCAGCCAGUUCUGAUGCUAAUAAAUGACAGUUUACGUGGAGUCCUUUGUGACCAUUCUUUGAU